AUGACCGCGGCCGCUGACGUCAGCGCCCGCGUGCACCUCGUGGCCGAGAAACUGCAGCAAAAGGCGCAGGAAGCACAGCGGAAGGGCAACGAUACAGCUGCACGUGCACUCAGUGCAUCCGUGUCGGAUCUGCGCCAGGCGUUGGCGCUUAUUGCCGAGCAGCGGCAUCUCCUUGCGCGCCGUCGGGGCGAAGGUGACGACGAAAUCGUACUUAACGAGGAUGACGACGUCGCGUCAUCUGUUCACGAAACGGUCGCCCGUCUGGCGCGUGUUGGGACCAUGUUGCAGAAAAAGGCCGACGACAUGACGCGCAAAGGCAACGACGGCGCAGCAACGGGUCUGGCGCAAUCUGCGGCGGCGGUAGAAAAAGGCCGUCUAUUGCUGAUGGAGCAACAACAAUUGUGGUUUGGGUUAGCAGGGCGCUGGGAGAAACUCGAGGACAUUGUCGUGAGACAGGGGCAAGGUUGCAGUCGUACCGUAAUGCGUGACAAGAAGGACAGAAAAGACGCAAUGAAGCCAGAGCAGCUUCUUCGAACUGUGCAACAGAUGGUGCAACUUCAACUUUUGGUGACGAACAGUGUUGAUAGCGGUAGUGGAGAAGUUGAAGACGUGCGGAAAGAGCUGGAGAAGCUCCACGAAGCGGCAGACGAAGCGGAGACGCUGAGACAGACAGUAGACGAUGCUUAUCAAGAGGUAGAGAAAGUGAAGACGAUGUUGAAGCACAAAAGUGAAGCGCUAGAAGCAGUGGAGCUUGAGAUGGACAAGUUGAAGGCGAGAGAAGAGACGAGGCAAGAAGAAGACGCUUCGUUGCUGGACCAACAGCGAGACGCGUGUCAAGCGAUGGAGCAGCUCGUGCGCGAGAGUGACAAGGAGAUUCAACGGUUGAAGCUGAGUUUAGAAGCAGGAGCAGAUGAAGUGGAGGCGUUGAGAGUGGAGAUGGAGAGUCUGGCUGCAGAGAAGGAGCGGGUGGUGAUGGUGCAUGCGGAGGAGGUCGAAGAGCUCCAUGAACAGUUGACAAGUGCGAUGGAUGCACUUUCAAAGAAGGUAGAAGAGAACGAGUCGAUGUCCGAGGAAGUCCAGACGUUGCAGAGACAGCUGGAAAGCUUGACGUUGGAAAAGGACAGUCUCGUGAAAUCUCAUGCUGACGAAGUGGAAGAGCUGCGUCGUCAACUGGAGGAUGCCAUGGCUUCUCUCUCAGCAAAGACGGAUGUCAAUACGGAGAACGAGUCGAUGUCCGAGGAAGUCCAGACGUUGCAGAGACAGUUGGAAAGCUUGAUGUUGGAAAAGGACAGUCUCGUGAGAUCUUAUGCUGACGAAGUGGAAGAGCUGCGUCGUCAACUGGAGGAUGCCAUGGCUUCUCUCUCAGCAAAGACGGAUGUCGAUACGGAGAACGAGUCGAUGUCCGAGGAAGUCCAGAUGUUGCAGAGACAGCUGGAAAGCUUGACGUUGGAAAAGGACAGUCUCGUGAAAUCUCAUGCUGACGAAGUGGAAGAGCUGCGUCGUCAACUGGAGGAUGCCAUGGCUUCUCUCUCAGCAAAGACGGAUGUCGAUACGGAGAACGAGUCGAUGUCCGAGGAAGUCCAGACGUUGCAGAGGCAGCUGGAAAGCUUGACGUUGGAAAAGGACAGUCUCGUGAAAUCUCAUGCUGACGAAGUGGAAGAGCUGCGUCGUCAACUGGAGGAUGCCAUGGCUUCUCUCCCAGCAAAGACGGAUGUCGAUACGGAGAACGAGUCGAUGUCCGAGGAAGUCCAGAUGUUGCAGAGACAGCUGGAAAGCUUGACGCUGGAAAAGGACAGUCUCGUGAAAUCUCAUGCUGACGAAGUGGAAGAGCUGCGUCGUCAACUGGAGGAUGCCAUGGCUUCUCUCUCAGCAAAGACGGAUGUCGAUACGGAGAACGAGUCGAUGUCCGAGGAAGUCCAGACGUUGCAGAGGCAGCUGGAAAGCUUGACGUUGGAAAAGGACAGUCUCGUGAAAUCUCAUGCUGACGAAGUGGAAGAGCUGCGUUGUCAACUAAAUCACGCAAUGCUCUCGAUGUCGAGGAAGUCGGUAGCAUCAUCAAAUGUUGAUGAAGUGCAGGACUUGGUCGAAAUAAAUGCUGACGAGAAAAAGUGCCUCGGUGGAUCACAUGCUGAAGAAUUUCGUGAUUGUCGCAGUGUUUGCGUUGACGAAGCUGAAGAGACUUGCCAAGACCAUCGAACCACUAUAAGUGGUACUCAUGCAAUGACCGAAACUAGUACGGGCGAUGUGUCGGAUGAACUUCGUCUACUGCAGGCCAAGACAGAGGGCUUGAUUUCUGACAGUGAAGGUUUGAUGAAGUCGUGUGCAGCCGAGGUUGCGGUGCUUCAGACAGCACACAGAGACGAGAUUGAAGGUCUCCAUCGGCAUCUGGAUAGUGCUACAGCUUCUCUUUUGGCUAAUGUGGAGACAAUUGAUCUGUCUAGCGCCGAUGAAUUGCGGAAGCUAAAAGAUGAUGUACGCAUGAUUACCAUGGAGAAGGACAGGCUUGCCAAAAUGUAUAGCGAAGAAAUCAAGAGGCUAAACGAGACGUACACGGCAGAAGUCGAAGACCUUCGCGAUCGGCUUAACAACGGUAUGACUGAUCAUCUUGCUGAUUCGGACCAAGGGAACGACCAGGUUCAAGCAACUGACGAGCUGCAGCGCGUGUACGAAUUAGAAAAAAUGAAUUUGCAAGCGGCUCUUGACGUUCUUCAAGCACGGUUUGAUGAUUACGAAGACGGAUACAAAGCCCAGCAAGGCACUAUCUCGAGACUGAAAGAGGAGCAAGCUGAAUCGAAGGCUCAAUUUGACACUCUCGCUGUCGAGAAAUCUCAGUUGACUGAUGAGCUGAAAAGCUCAAGAGAAGAGGCAAUGCAUCUGGCACAGCGUCUUGAUGCUAGCGAAGGCAUUCAUGAAUCUCUUGUUACAGAACUGGAUGAUGCAAAGCUCAUGCUUGCAGCGAAACUAGCCGAGCAGAACGAGACUGUUGCGACACUUGAGCACUGUAAAGAGGAGCUUCGUACCUGUUGUUCCAUGUUGGAUGCUCAGAAAUGUGAAUGUAGCCGUCUGAAGAGUGAGCUUGACGCGGUCCGAGAUGCACAAGAUGUGAGAAGCGGACUUGCUGGUGAGCACUUGUCGACGCUUACUACCGAGCUGCACGACAUGGUCGUUGUUUUGAGGUCCAGUAGUAAACAUGGUGGUGAUGCACUGCGCGGGUUCAUGGAAAGAGGGUGGCAGUCUCCAGAAGCAACCGAGCUAUGCAGCGGGCUUGCCUCACUACUAUCUGAUAUAAUGUCCGCUCAAGACCAGAUACAGUCGAUAGAGGAGCAAUUACAAUUGGCGCGUAGCGAUUGCGACAAUCAGGCGCUGAUCAUCGAGCAGUUUUUGAAGACGUCAGAUUGGCGGUUGUUUGCAAAGGACGACGAGACAAUGGAAGAAGUGAAGGAAGUAUUCGAUUCUGACGGUGAUCGAUGUGAUCGUUUAGCUGUUGCUAGAACGAACGUCUCACGAUGGCUAGAUGAACUCGAGCUGCUACGUACCGGCGUCGAUGAGAAUGUAUCAAAAUUGAAUGCGCUGGCGGACGAGAAGCUGCAAGAGCAACACCGUAUGGUGGUUCUUGAGGAAUCUGAGCAGAGUCUCCGUGGUCUUGUCAAAUCGUUGCAAGAAGAGCUGAGAAUGACGAAGGAACUGAUGUCUCGCAAUCAUUCGACUAGUAUGGAGGAAGAACAAGAGCAGGUGGCACGUCAACAAAGAGUCGAGAUGCUGGAGCAACAGUUAGCUACGACGCGUGUCGACUUUGAGCGGUACCGUGUUCGGUCACAUGCUGCACUAAAGAAGAUGGAGAAACGCGCUGAGCUUCUGAACAGUAUGCGAAAGGAGAACGAGGAACUGUUGAGACAGGUAAAAGAGAGCAAAGAGCAGCGAGAACAGGCCGUUGCUGCUCGUGAAGCCAUUGUCCAUCGUCUGGAAGAAGAACAGCGUGCACAAGCGAUGCUACAAGCAGACUUCGACCACUUUGCGUCGGAGAAAACUCGUGUUAUUGCCGAGCUAGAGGAGGAAAUCGAGCGACUGGCGUCGGAGAGAGAGCAGAUGAGCACAAAAGUUCUGGAAUUGACCGUGCAAAUGCAGGAGCUAGAAAUGGCAACGAAGCAGAUAGAAGAGGAGAACGGGCGUAUUCGGCAAGCAGAACAGGCCGCUUUUCAGGCUCGUCUUGUUGCUACGACAUCAGCUGUUGAAAGUGCCAAGCAGGACUUGGAAAAGACGCGUAAUGCAUUGGAAGUGAGCAAGGCGGAGAAUAGAAAGCGGCAACAGCGUAUUGAAUCAUUAGAACUGAUGCUGAAGAACCAAAGUGACGCGAAACUUCCGACGACGACGGAGACCACGUCUUCUUUCAAGUCAGUCGUCCCUCCUCCCGCGGAGGUUGUGCCUUCAGUUGCAUCACCGUCCGAAGUGAAUAGUAAUGCGUCUAUUCUGGAACAGGAAAUUCGUGGACUGAAAGCUUCCGAGGUUUCUCUGAGGAAGCACCUGGAUGACGCGCGAGCAGAGUUGGCUACUUUACAAGAGCGUUUUGCUACGACAAAAGCUGCGAAUGCAGAGAAGGUGUUUGCAUUGCAAGAGCAAAGCAGUCAUUACAAGAUGGAGUUAGCAGCUGUGACCGAAGAAGUACAGCGUCUUACUGCAGUGAUUCAAGCACAAAAGAGGGAAUCGACGUCGCAUGAAUCGAUCGAUGGUCCUGCACUGUCAAUAGUCGACAAGCGGAAGGAAGACGAGGCGACUGCAGUACCGAAGCAUGAAGACUUUGACGAGAUCCGGGCGCUAAAAGCAGCGCUAGCAGAUGCGAAUAGUGAAAUCAAGUUAUUGACAACGGCGUUGGCUGAUUCCCAGGAAGAGCUACAGGAAGCACAGAAUGUACUUCAUCUGUUUGCCCCCUCGUCGAUAGAGUCAGAGAAUAAUGACGCUCCCAGUGCAAUCAUCAAGGCAGCUCAAGUCCUGUCUGCUAAGGAAGAAGCGCUGAAGAAGAUGCGAAAACAGGUGUUUGCGAUGCAAGAGGAAGUUCAGACCCUUCAGGAAGAAAAGGCAGCUCUGGAGCUUCAGCUGGAAAAGAACGAAUUGAAUGCACUCCAGGUUCGACGAAACCAGAUGCAAGUGGAGAAGGGACGCACGAUGCAGUUGCAGAAGCGACAGGCUCAGGUAGUAGAGUUCGAGAAGCGAGUGGCGACAAUUGUGGACGACUUGCAGCAGCGACUAGAGGACCACUCCCGUGCGUUCCGUGACGUAUGUGACUUUAGUGACGAGCACCGGGCAGCAAUAUUUCCAACAAGUGCGGGACAAGAAAGUGAUGAGGCUCGAGUUGGACUGGACCGAGUGAGUGAGCCAGAGUUUGAAGAGUGUCUCGUGAUGCGAAGUGGCGUGGUGAUUAAAGCUGGCGCUAGUUUCCAGCUACCGGUUAUUUGCGAGAAGAGCGGGUGGCGGGUCGUCUGGAGUUUCUCAGUCAAGGAGGAGACAGCGGAUGUCUCGUUUACACUAUGUGCACUAUCGUCAGACGAUGCAAUGUCGAGUGAGGUUGAAGUUGUACCUCUCGAGCGAACGAACGAGAUGUCCGGAGUGUUCCACGUGCAACACGACAACACGACGCUCGUGUAUAAAUGGGACAAUUCGUUCGCCUGGCUGCAGGAGAAGACGUUGGACUAUCAUGUCUCGAUCCAGGAACAGCUGUCGCCACAGGCGCAGACGGUCCGACGGACGGAGCGUGAACUGCAAGCGAGAGCGAAAGUACUGGCCGAUGGCGUAGCGUUACUUCAGACUGAAGCCCACUGCCGCGCCGAGCUCGUUGCUACAUUAGAGCGACUUGAUGAGUGUGAGGCGAAUAAGGAACUACAGUUGGCGGAAUUUGCGAGUCGCAAAGGGGAUGGAUUGACACACAAGACACGGUUGGAUAAAGAGCGCGAGGCGCACAAGGCACUGUAUGCUAAAGUGUUAAAGGAACAAGACGAGCUCGAAGAUGUCGAGCGUGGCCUCGUUCGAGCAUGGGAGGCUGCUGUCGCUGAGCGAGAAGAUGCCGAGAUGACGUUGCAGCUGACUGGUAAUGGAGUUCAGUUAAAGGAACUGGCUCGUGAGAUUCACGAGCAGGCAAAAGUUGUGGCUAUAGAGCUCGAGCAGGCCGCCCAUGAGGGAAAAGACACUGCAGAUGAGAGCAAGGAGAGGGAAGGGGAGAUCAAUUGCGUUCUGGACGCUGAGAACGACGUGCAGGUGUUGGAACCAGAGGACGGUGGUAGCAGAUUUGUACGUGAUGUUGGAAUGCAAGCGCAUGAGCAGUGA